AUGCUCUCACUAGCGAGAAGCGGUCUACGCAUUCCCGCGGGCGGCCUGCGUUUGCACAGUACCCGGAGGGACCUAUUUCCCAGCGCGCCAGUCCGCUUCAGCCCGCGGCGGCUCUACAGCUCUGACACACCCCCAGAGUCGAAAUCGCCCUCGGUGAACGAGUCUAGCUCUGCGCCCGACGACAAGAAGGGCGAAGAAGCCAGCCCGUCAAAACGCAAAAAGCUGGUUCCCUCGAAGUCGAAACCCGCCUCGAAAAGUACCAAGACCAAGCAGUCUGCUGCCACCCAGGGCGCCGACACCGAUGCCACGGCAGAAGGACACGGUCAGGGGCCCGCCCCGGCCCCCAACAGUCAGGACGGAAAGGAAUCUCUCUCGACGACCUCAGGCUCGCCAGGGUCCUCAAACAAGAGGUCCGAAAAACGCCGCCAUAAGCUUGCACAGUCCAAAGCAAGAACAAACGUCGCGAGGACGGAGCAGAUGAAUCGCAUGUGGCGCGAGUCUCUCGAGAUACUGAAAGACCUCCGGGCUGCACACAUCGGACUCGCCCAGCCUCUUGCUGUUGCGACUAAGGGGAAGAAAACGGCCAAGUCAGAGGAGGGAUCUGGGCAGGGGGCCUCAGAGGCCAGUGACGCGAGCGCAGGCCGGCCACACCCACUCAGCCCUGAUGCCAAAAAAGCAAAAGACCUAUUUGACACACAGAUGGCCCAAGGGGGUGUCCAGCCUGGAUCUGUGGGACCUUCGAUGUUCAAGAACCUUCCCUCGGAGAAGCUCCUCAAGACGGUGAAGCCGGAUGACAAGGACCGUCAGGUGGAACUCCUUGCCGGGGCUUUAGGAGUCCUGCGCAAGGUCCUCCUUGAGCAGCCGCCAGGAUCAGCACAGUAUCUGGCCCGGCCAGCCCCUGAGAAAGACAGAUCGGCACAGCGCCCCAAGGCCACUGAGCCUCAGCCGGUGGAAGUACGUCGAGUAAACUCAAAACCCACUGAGCCAUCGGCUUCAGAAGCACCUGGCAAGGCGCCGAAGAAGAAGGCCAGCCUUGCUUCGCAAUUCCAGAAGGCGGGACAAUCAAGGGUGGCAGCGGCACAAUCACAAGAAGCGGCAGGACCAAAAUGGCCAAACGUUAUCAUUGAACGACGAGGUAAAAAGAUAUGGGAUCCGCCGGCGCAAGUCGAAGAUAAAUCUCUGAACGCGACGCAUGAAGCCACUCCUGAGCUAGACCCAUCACCUGACGCAGCCGCGCCGAAGAAGAAAGAACGCAAGAACAAGCAAAUAUCGAUCCACAGCGUCAUUUCCAAAGACCUAGAAUUGACACCCAUAGAAAAGUCUCAGCCUCCUGUUCCGAACGUUCAAUAUGGACUGGACAGGGUCCUGUUCAACCCAGGAGUCUACCAGCUCCAAGAUCCCAGAUCACGCGUCUACAACUUCGACCCUUACUUGUCCACGAUCAUGCCAACCCACGAGUUCGACUUCAAUGCGCUCAAACGCUACGUCACCUCAUCCAAGGAUAACACCCUGAUAUCCCUUGCGGCCGAGGUGGACAAGAAGUACACCGGGUCGACGUCUAGCAUGACUUCGAUGCUGGCGCAUUUCCACUACUUGAUCUCAUCUUGGCGCCCGAUCAACGCUUCACACAUGUCACGAACCUUCACACCGGAUUCGGAGCAGUUCACCCGGAUCCAGCGAGGCCCUGCUGCCGUCUUCCUCAAGUACAAGGACGGCGUUUACGCCAUUGACGCCGACAAGGAGUUCGACAACGCCACCAUUCUCAGCAUGCUGGGCAAGUCGAUGGAAAAGUUUCUCACGCUUCCAAGAGAAGAGUUCGAGCUUUACCACAAGGACAAGUCGCACGAGCUUAGCGAGGAGGCGCGGAAUGAUCCGGAGGCGUUUCACUACACGACCAUGGGUGACUUUCUCAUGCGGUCCCAGCUGGAUGCCCACGACCCCAGGCUUCCCGGCACCGGCAUGUUCGAUCUCAAGACUCGCUCCGUCGUCACCAUCCGCAUGCAGUCGAGCGAGAUGCAUAAGGGGAUGGGCUACGAGAUCCGCGAUCGCUUUGGCCAGUGGGAGUCGUUCGAGCGGGAGUACUUUGACAUGAUCCGCUCAGCCUUCCUCAAAUACUCCCUCCAGGUGCGCAUGGGCCGCAUGGACGGAAUCUUUGUCGCCUUCCACAACACGGAGCGCAUAUUUGGCUUCCAGUACAUCAGCCUCGGCGAGAUGGACUUGGCCAUACACGGGACCGACAACACGGCACUGGGAGACCAUGAGUUCAAGCUGAGCCUGCAUCUCCUCAACAAGAUCCUCGACAAGGCAACCACCAAGUUCCCCGGGCGGUCGUUGCGGCUGCAUUUUGAGACUCGGCCGAGCGAGCCUCCCUUUAUGUACGUGUUUGCGAAGCCGGUCACCGACCAGGAGAUCGCAGCCGUCCAAGAGAAGAAUAAAGAAGCCAUAGAGGAAUUCGAGCGAAAGAUGAUGAAUCUGGAGCCCGAGGCCUCUGCUGUCGAGGCUGCAGAGCAGUCGGGUGAGGAGGCCGGGUCUGCAGAUGACGAGCUCGAGAUCAUCGAUGAGGACGAGGGCGGUGAGGAGGUCGAGGCCGUCGAGGAGAAGUUUUCUGAGGAGCUCAGCCCUGAGGGGCAACUCAGCCCAGAGGAGGUCUGGGAGGAUAUGAUGAACAGGGUAGACCAGGCCAUGGAGGACGACGUGUUUGGUAUCGCGUCGGUCCGGGAGGCCGUCGAGGAGGCUCUCACGCAGAGUGGGCUCCUUCGUUCCAUCCCGCAGGACCAAUCCAGAGAAUACAUCGACGCACUCCUUGGGGCCAUCACCAGUCCUGACCUCGAGGGCGCGGCGGAGGUUAUUCAGAACGGCAGCGCGGACGAGUUCUCUGUCACAGACGGCAACGAGGAUGCGACGGUCGCCGAGGAAGAUACCGCCACCCUUUCAGCUGUCGACGAAGACGCCACGGCAGACACCCCCGCGGAGCAGCUGGAGGUUGGCGAGAGCGAAGCUGAAUCGUCUCAGGUCGAUGUCGAACAGGUUUCGGCCAAUGAGACGGUGGAGACCGCCUCGGAGGAACCUGCGCAAGCCUUGGCAGACGAGGUCGAUGAGACCACGGCAGACGAGGUUGCUGAGACCACGGCAGACGAGGUUGCUAAGGCCCCAGAGGGUGGGGUAACCGAGGUCCCAGAGGAUGAGGUUGCCGAGAUCGCAGCCGAGUCGGAGACUGCCAUGGAUGAAGAUGAGGCUGUCGAGGACGACGCCGACGCAGGAGAUGAGAUUUCUGGUGAUGAUUCGGACUCGGCGGAGACACAGACUGUCAAAUCAAAGACAGCACCGGGGCUGCUUUCACUCAAAGAUCUUAUCAUCAAGCUGGCUGAGCACUCACAGUCGUCGCCUGUGCCGGUUAGCGCGGAGCCGCAGGCGAAGGAGGAAGAGCCGGACCGUGCCGACAGCCGGAGGCUGAAGAGGUUUGAGAGAAUCUUGUCUGAGAUGCUGUCGAACUCCAAACAAGCCGAAACGGGCGACGCAGCCUCAGCGGAUGCCGCUGCAUCCGAGACCGAGGCCACUGGCACAGAUGCGGAGCCAGAGGAAGAACUCAUGGCGAUAGCGGUCACGAUACGCAACUCCACAGACAAGGGCUACGUCAAGCGGCUGAACUCGGUCAAGGAGGACACAAAGUGGGAGCUCCUGUACUCGUUUGAGGAUGUUGAGCAGCCGCGGGCGCAGAAGCUGUACGAUGGGUGCAAAAAACGGCGCGAGGCACUCCUCACGGCGGCCAACGCGCCGCUUGGGAACGACAAGUUCCAACAGGCGUAUGCGCGGACGCUCCAGAACUUCACCAACAAGGGCAGGGCCUUCCGCGUGGGCGAGGACGAGCGGGCGCGCGAGCACGGUAGGGUGUGCGUCUACGGGGUCGACGGGGAGCUCGACUACGACGAGGUGUUUGCGCACGUUUCGCCGACGCGGCCCUGGAGCGCCGAGCUCCCGGAGAACCCCUUGGAAGCCCAGGACACUCCGGACUUCCCGGACCUUCCGGUCCUGGACGCGCAGAGCGCCAAGGCGUUGAAGAAGGAGAAGGCUAGGGCGGCGUACGCGGAGAAGGCAAAGAAGAGGACCGAGGAGGACAGGAGGAGGAGGGAGGCGAAGAGCCAGGCGAAGAGGGAGGCCAAGGCGAAGAAGAAGAGCGAGCAAGGGAGUUUGGCGAAAAAGGCCGAGAAAGAGAUCCUAGCAAAAAUGAACGAGGGGGAAGAUGGAGAGGGGAAAGGUGAGGCCGAGGAAAAGUAAAACGAGGACAAGAGUGGAGGCGAGGCAAAGACCAGUCGAGAGUUCCCCAGUCGGGCAGGGAAUCGGCGUUGGCUCUCGUCGCGCCCGUACUUUGUUUGUAAUUGUAUGAUGGAACCUGCCUGUGGGAUCACGGCCAUCUGGGCCAGGAUGUCGGGAGAGCAUGUGUUGACAUAUUUGUAAAUUACUCUCGCCUUCGGACUCUAGUUUUCGGAAUAGCCUCUCGACUCCAGACAUGCAUAUUAAGAGCUUAAUGUAUGGUUCAUAUCCCCAGA